AUGGACUAUGAAGAAAACAAGAAUUCUGAUUAGGAUGAAGUAUAGGAGCUAAGGCAACUCAUUGAAUUAGAAUCUAAAGAUAAACUUAAUGCUAACUAAAUUAGUCAGAUAGUCUGUUAUUUAAAGCAAUUUCCUUAAUUGAUUUGCUAUAUAAAUAAUGAAAUUUAUGAGCAAUCAUUUCUAAGAGAUAUAGCUGUUAAUUUGCAAUACAAAAGGGUAGCUAAAGGAUAAAUAUUUAUCUAACAGGGUGAGAAAUUUCAUAAUUUUUACCUUAUUUUGUAAGGUAGUUUGAAUUUGUUUGUAAAAAAAACUCAAGAGCAAUAUAAUUAAGAACUGAAUUGGUUCAAGCAACACACAAAUGCAUAACAAUUACUAAACUCUAACUAAGCUGACUCAUUAAACUAGAUGUAGAUUUAAAAGCUUAAAGAACAGGUUUAAAAAGCAGAAGGAUUUCUUAAAGUGCUAUAAACUCCUUUAGAUGAUCAAAUUUUACUGCUACCUUAUCAAGAGUUCUACAAACAUAAUUAAAAAAUUUGCAUGUAUAAAUAAGUCAACGAUUAAAUAAAGCAAUUUAAUUGUUUAGGAGAUAUAUACGAUAUCAAUUAAGUGUCAAAUUAUCUCAUGAUUGCAAAGCAGGAUAUAGAUAUUGCAUACUUACCUUAAGAUAGCUAUACAAAAUUAUUUUCUUCAUCUAUUUAGCAGCAUAACUUUAUUAUAAGAUGCUUAGAAAAGCUUUUAUCAAAUGGCAUAAACAAAAGUGAAAUAUCAAAAAUGAGCAAACUGUUUAAAGAAAGAAUAUUAACUGGAAGUAUUUUUAAUGAAUAAGAAGAAUCAAAAGAAAUUUUUAUAGUUAAAAAGGGUGUAGUUGUUAUCAAAAAGGGGGAUUUAAAAGUGGCAGAGAUUAAUUAAGGUAAAAUAUUUGGACAUGAAAAUGCUCUAUCAGAAUAAGAUAGAACCAUAUCUGCUGAAACAAAGGAUAAGAACUUAUGCACUCUUUAUUGUGUAAACGUGUUUGAUUUAUGCGAAGUUGUAUCUCUUGAAUUGCUUAAAACUCUAAUGAAAUAGGGAAGAAAGAAACUCGAGUAAUACUAGGAGGCUAGCUUUAAAUUUUAACAUGUUGCUUUUGAAUCUCAGAGAAAAAGCUAAUUGAAAAGGUAUAAAAUGGAAAAUAGUGAAAAUUCUUUUAAUCAGAAUCACAGAUUAUCAAAAUCUUAAGUCCAUAGUAGUUAAAAUAGGAGUUAGAGCUAACAAAAUCAUAGAGAAACAAGAUAAGUUUCUUCAUAAAUGAGUAUGAGAACAUAAGAAAACUCUAAUAAUACAUCAAUAAAUUAAAUUUAACAAAGAGAAUGCCUUUAAACAUAGUAGAAUAUUAAUAGUAAUGUAAAGCAUAUAUAGGGAAAUCCAAUAGCUUAAUCCACAUAAACUAUUGUUUCUUGCAUAGCGAAUCCUCCACCAAAAGUUACUCAUUAGCUAUAAACUAGUGGCCUUAUAUUCACUAUGGGGACAUCAAGUUAAAAUUAUUAGAUGCCUCCUUUCUAAACAUCUAACAGCAAUUAUUUAUCUUUACUUAAGUUGAGUGCUCAAGAAAAUUAGCUUUAAGAUUAUUUAUAAGAAAAGAUUAAGCAGAAUAAAACAGAUUUUUAAUCCAACAGAUUUUAUUCACAAGUAGCUAAAAAAGUGUCAACACUUAACUCAAAUAUCUAUUAAGAAUUUAAAAAAAGUAGCUCACGUAAACUUUUAGAUAACAAGGAAAUCUAAAAUUACUAAAGCGAGAACAACAAUAACAAUAAUUUGAAAUAAUUUUAAACAGAUUAAUCAUGGUUUGUAAUAAAAAGGAUAAAUACUCCUUCCAGAUCAAGGAAAGCUCAAACUCAGUAGAACUCUCAAGUUUAAUCUCCUUCUUCAAAUCAAAUCUAAACAUGCCAAUCUAAAGAAUACAAUUCAUUUUCUAAUACGAUGACUUAAAUUACAAAGAGUAACAAUAACACUGAAGAAUAAGAAUAACCGAAUAAAUAGAGAGCAACUUUAACUUCUUAUAUUAGAUAAAGGAAUGCUUAAAAUGGUUAUUUUGCUGCUUAAUCUGUGGAAAAUUCAAAGAUUCAAACAAGUAUUUUAGAAAUAAAAUCUAAAAAUGAAAGAAAUAAUUUUAUAGAAAUACUAAACAAUCAUGCUAAAGAUGGUAUUAGCUAAGUUUCAAAUCAAAAUAAAUAGGAAAUAAAUAUAAUUGAUUAAAAUGCAAAUUCUUAAACAAAUUUAAUUAAAAACUCUACCAAUUUUACAGCUGUAAACUCAUUACCAUCAUAAGAAGAUGAAGAUGAAAGAUUAGAUUUUAAUUUGGAAUGCAGAUAUGCUGUCAAAAAAAAUUUAAUUCAACAAUCAAAAUAUCUUUCUUAUUAAUAGUCCCCAAAUCAUAAUAGCUAUAACAGUAACAACAACAAUUUAAUUAAUAAUAUUAGACCUAUAGCAAAUUAUGAGUCCUAUUUAAAUAUAAUCCCUAUAGAUAUAAAUGAUUUUACUUAACUUAAUAAUAAAAAUAAUAAUCACUCUAAUAAUACAAAAAAUACAAAUCCUAAACUUUAAAAUGAUAAAAAUUAGAAUAAUCAAAUAACAGAAAAAAUCCAGUUAAGUCCAAAUAUUACCAUUUAAAAAAGACCAUUGACAAAUGUAAGUAAAAAUAAAUAUAAAAAAGAUGACAUUUAAAAUAGCUAGUUUGUGAAAUAUUAGAUUAUGACUUAGAAUUAUCAAAAAAAAUAAUCAACCAAAAUUAACAUAUUUUCAUAAACAGAUGUUCAAACUGUUGAAGAAUUCAAAUAAAAUUCCAGAAAAAAUAGCUCUCAAAUAUUUAAUAACACUUUACUAAGCAAAAAACUUGAAAAAUCUUAAGCUUCGAGUAGAAACUCUGAUAUUUAGAAAGAUAAUUCCUCAGAAAACAAACAAAAUAUUAGCCCCACAUCUGAUCAUAAUAAUUUAGAAGCACUUUGUGUUAGAAAAAUUAGUUUAGGAUCAUAUAUAAGCAGUAAUGGAGCAUCAUUAAAAAAAUCAAGUGUUUAAUCUCCUAACUUAUAAAAAAAUGAUGAAAUAAUUCUUGAAAAUUAAUUUUAGGAUGAUUAAUUCUCUUUAAAUAGAAAUUCAGAUAGAAUAAAAUGUAAAGAUACUAAUAUAAGCGAUAAUAAAGUCAAUAUAUCACUAGUCUAAUAAUAACCUUAAAAUAUAAGAAUUAAGCUAAGAAAUAGUAGUUAUCAAUUAAACGCAAAAAUUUAAAAUACCUAAAAUUGA